AUGGAGGUGCGCACGAGAAGAAGACUAUUAUAUAUUCCCGACGAAGAGGCCCUUCUCCUUGGUGAGUUGACGGACUCUCCACGCCCACGGCCCUCGCGCCUACCACGGCUGCCAAUACCUUCUUCAGAAGGUGAAGACGAUAACAUGCCAGCAGAGGGCCGCUCGGAACCCCCGGGCGCGGAGGGUAUUGACACUGGACUUUUUGUUUCGUACAACAGUUACACUUUGACGGACGGAUCGGGUUUUUUUCGCCCACCACCAACGGCACGAGAGGCCGCUGCACUUUAUAAAUUAUUAAGAAGAAGCUGCCGAUUUUUGUGCGGCUUUAUAGAACACGGUUCCAUCUCGCAAUCACCGACGGAUGACAUGUCAUCAGUAUCAUCGUGUAGUUCUGGGUGUAGUGAGAGUUUGGAUUCCGAAAGUGACUCUGAAUUGCAUCAAAGACCACGGAAGCGACCUAAACGAGAAAGGGAUCUGCUCGUGCCUGUCGAAGGCUACAACAGUAAGACUGUUCUGGAGCUUAGAGAAUUGCUCCGUGAGCGGAACUUGCCCAUCUCUGGGGCCAAGGCGCUCCUUGUUUCUCGUCUCGAAGAGAGCGAUGCAAGAGAAGAGAAAAUUGGGGAUAAUGACAACUACGGUGAUGCAGAGUCUGGGUCCACUGCGGGCGCCAUUGGUAGCUCUAAUGGCAGCUCUUUUUAUUCAUUGUACUCUGAAAAUGAAGGGAAACCCAUGACUUUAUGGGGCACUAUCCUCAAUAUUGGAUCGAAGCUGCUGCGUAAAUCGACCGGCUCUCUCCCUGAAGACAGUACCUUCUCGCGCUGCAAAAGGCGCCGAAGUGUAUAG